AUGGGCAAAAAAAGGGUGCUUGUUAGCUAUGGCGUUGACAUUGACGCCGUAUCAGGCUGGCUGGGCUCAUACGGCGGGGAAGACAGCAUCAAUGAUAUCAGUCGCGGUCUUUUUGCCGGUCACAUCGGCACUAUGCGUGUGUUGAAACUGUUCCACAAACACAAUAUCAAAGCAACCUGGUUCAUCCCGGGCCAUUCCCUCGAGACCUUCCCCCAGGAAUGUGCAGCUGUCAGGGACGCAGGACAUGAGAUUGGGUUACACGGGUAUAGCCAUGAGAACCCUUCGGAUAUGACCAUCGAGCAGCAAAGGGAUAUCCUAGACAAGACAUACCGCAUGCUGACCGAGUUCUGCGGGAAGCCGCCGCGGGGCACCGUGGCACCGUGGUGGGAGACGAGCCGAGAGAUGACGGAUCUGCUUCUCUCUUAUGGUGUGGAAUAUGACCAUUCGAUGUCCCAUCAUGAUUGUCAGAUGUAUUGGUUGCGCACGGGUGAUUCAUGGACAAAAAUCGACUACAGUCAAAAGGCGGAAACUUGGAUGAAGCCUUUAGUAAAAGGGCAAGAGACGGGCUUGGUGGAAAUUCCCGGGAACUGGUAUAUCGAUGACUUACCACCAAUGAUGUUUAUCAAGAACUCGCCGAAUAGUCAUGGCUGGGUAAACCCAAGAGAUGUUGAAGAUAUUUGGAAAGACCAUUUUGACUACUUCUACCGCGAGUAUGACGAGUUCAUCUUCCCGAUGACCAUACAUCCUGAUGUUUCAGGCCGUCCGCAUGUCAUUCUCAUGCAUGAGAGAAUCAUCGAGCACAUCAACAAACACGAGGGAGUAGAAUGGGUCACUAUGGAGCAAAUGUGCGAUGAAUUCAAGAGCAAAAACAAGCCACCCGAGGGAGCCAAGAUGCCAGUUACCCUGGUCCGGAAACUAAAUGAAGAGAUUAUAUGA